AUUCAUUCCAGACCUGGAAUUCACUGGUAUAAUUUGUAAAAGAGCUGAAUACAGGACUGCACCUUGUUCUUGAAAAGACGAUGCAGCAUGUCUAUGUAAGCGUUGGUGAGAAUGAACAACAUUGUGUACAGCAAGGCAGUGUAAAGAACACACAGGAGAAGAUUAUUAUCUCUAAUGGACGCCCCUGGAAACCAUGGCAGCCUGCCAGAUCACAGAUCAGAGGCUGUGUAAGGCAUGUUCAGACUGCAAUGCUCUCUCUGGCCGGGUUGGAGUGGUACUGUUACGCUGCCUUGGGAGUCAUCACUGCUCUCAUGAGCUUCUGUAUGGACCUGACAGUAGCCAAGCUCCUGCGAGCCCACCAGUGGCUAUAUGGUUGUUUGGAGGGGAACACCCUGCUACAAUUCCUGUGCUGGACACUGUACCCUACCUGCCUCUGUGCCAUCUCAACCAGCUUCUCUCACAGCAUCUGUCCCCAGUCUGCAGGCUCAGGUGUGCCUGAGAUCAGGACCAUCCUCUCAGGUGUGCAGCUACCAGAAUAUCUCUCGCUCUCAAAUCUCUUUGCUAAACUCAUCGGUCUCAUCAGUACACUGUCUGCAGGUAGCACCGUGUUCCUUGGAAAAGUGGGUCCAUUUGUCCACCUGUCAAAUAUGGUGGGAGCAUAUCUGUACCGUGUGUAUGCCUCUGCAUGUGGCGGAAAACAGAGGAGAACUCAAGGAGAGAUGUUGGUUGUGGCAUCAGCGGUGGGCGUGGCCAGCUGUUUCGGGGCUCCAGUCAGUGGAGUGCUUUUCAGUAUUGAAGUCAUGGGCACUCACUAUUCCGUGCAAGAAUACUGUCCGUGUUUCUUCGCUGCAGUCUGUGGAUCUCUCACUUUCCGUCUUCUCUCUGUGUGCAGCGGGGAACAAGAAACAGUGCAACCUAUUUUCCAGACCAGGUUUCCAAGUGAGCACCCCUACCAUCCUCCAGAAAUAUUGAUUUUUGCUUUCCUGGGACUGCUGUGUGGAGCUAUAAGCUGUGUUUACCUCUACAGCCAUCGAUGGAUUCUACGUUUUGUCAGAACAAACAAAUUCAUCAGCGGGGUUAUGGCAACACAAAAGACAUUGUAUUCAGCAACUGUCGCCUUCCUUCUGGCAACACUAACCUUCCCUCACACAGGAGGAUCUUUCUUUGCUUCCCAGCUCUCAAUGAAGCAGCUACUCUCAUCCCUGCUAGAUAGGACUCAGUGGAACUCAGUUUUCCACAACGCCACAUUAGCACAAAAACCCCUUCAUUCUUUUUGGCAAGAGUGGAGUCCACCUGGAUACAGUGUUUAUCACACACUUGGAUGCUUUAUUCUCAUUAAGCUCUGGCUCUUGGUCUUGGCCUGCACCUUACCGCUGCCUGCUGGCUACUUCAUGCCUGUCUUCGUUUAUGGUGCUGCUUUAGGCCGUUUGCUGGGUGAGGGAUUGGCCUAUUUCUUCCCAGAUGGAAUCUCAUCAGGGGAGAGGCUGAGUGUGAUAAACCCAGGGGGCUACGCUUUAGUGGGAGCAGCAGCGUUCGCAGGUGCGGUGACACACACACUGUCACCUGCUCUUUGUGCUCUGGAGAUGACUGGGCAGUCCACACAUGUUGUCCCUAUUCUGACAGCCACAUUGAUAUCCAACGCCCUGGCACGCUCUAGGCAUCAGCCGUCCUUCUAUGACGGCAUAUCUCUCAUAAAGAAACUCCCACACCUGCACUCUCUCAUAAGGGCCUGUCCAAAGCUGUCCUCAGUCCAGAUUAGGCAGUUUGUCAUGCCAGUAGGAGCAGUGCUCCAGCAAGCUGAGGGAGCGACAGGCGUACAGCACUUCCUCGACGCCAGCAAAGAAAACGAGUUCCCUGUAGUCGACACACAUGAUUCCCUCACACUUCUAGGAACUGUCACGAGAGCACAAUUGCAGACUUUCCUGCUCUCAACCCAAAGUGAGGAUUUGUGCAAAACCCUGGAGGACGAGUGCUCUAUUCAACCUGUUAAGCUACAGCUUUCAGUUGAUGCUACAGUAAAGCAGGCCCACUGCAUCAUGAGUGUUUUGAGAGAGCAGUGUGUGUUUGUCACGGAGAACGGAAAGCUGUGUGGUGUCAUUACAUGGAAAGAGAUGAAAAACAUGAUUGAAGAACUGGCCAAGGAAAUCUAAUGUUCAGUCGGAUAAACGAGCACUACUUGGUCGUCAUACACUUCAUAUACAAUUUUUUCUAAGAAUGACCUUAAAAUAUUUCAUCAAGCAGUGAUUUGCUGUGAUGAUCAUGUCCAUGUACAGCUCGAAUUACUUAUGCAAAUACCCUUAUCUGUGGAGAUUGCUGUUGGCCAGCAAUCGGCUGCUUCCUGGAACUCAGACAGUUGGAGCUUUUCAUUCGGUGCCGUGACUAAGGAGUCUCACUCCUGCGUUCUGUUUAUAGGCCUGAGCACAGGCCAAGUGAUAAAGAUUUAUUAAAAUCAGCCAUGUGUACCCAGGUCUAAUGGAGGAGAUUAGGAAGGUGUAAUUAAAUGAAGCAGCCGCUGAACACCAUUCAACCCAUCCCUCUUAUAGGAUGAGGACUCCUGGCUAACCUAACAAACAAAACGAUAACCCUGAUUUUGCUUAUGGCUGAAUGAGUAUGCCCUUCAACAGAUGCUAAAAUGAAGACAGAACAUAGGCAUCACAUUUAGAAUGGAAACAGUACUGAUAUAUAGUGGAUCAAUAUACACACUGUGUUUCAAAAGAAAGCAAAGCAUGUAAGCGUAU